AUGAAGGAGAUGGAGACGACCGAGCUGCUGGACGUGGUCUCGGCCUCCGACGAGCUGGCCGAAACGAUGAACCUCAAGGUCCAGCGCUCGAACCCGAAGCCCUUUACGAUCGAGAGCCUCAUCGGCGCGACUAACGCGUCCAGGGACCGGCAGCAGGAGCAGCUGUCUUGCAACAACGAGGAGCUGGAUCGGCAGAGGGAGUUCCUUUACCAGCAGCACUGCCUCGCGACGGCCGGUGCCCUUCCAGGCUUCCCGGUGCCGCUGAGCUUGUACAGCGCGUGGCUCCAGCCGAUGCGCGUCUACGCCGGCAGCUCGAGGCAGCUCCCCGGCUACCCUCCCGUCCAGCAACACCACCACUUUGCUCUGGCUCAUCAUCACCAGGACACGGCUUACCCGGGCAGUCAACAGCAUCACCAGCACAGGGUCACCACGGCAGCGGCAGCUCGGUUGCUCGCGGCUGCGGCUGCGGCUUCCGGAUACAGCGACGAGAGCGACGACGAGGGCAGCCUCUCGCCCGUCCACGACCUCUCAAAGUCCCAGCACGGUGGCUCGGAGAGCGGCCGCGCCGAGAGCGGGGACAACAGCGAGGACGAGGGCCCGCCGACCGAAACGCCCGGCGCCGAGGGGACGACAACUCCGCCGCUGGCCGGACAGGGCGCGCCUACCAACCCUAGCAACGCGGCCCAAGGAGGCGCCGGGAGCAAGGCCCGCCGGCGCAGGACCGCCUUCACGUCCGAGCAGCUGCUCGAGCUCGAGAGGGAGUUCCACGCCAAGAAGUACCUCAGCCUCACCGAGAGGUCCCACAUAGCCCACUCCCUCAAACUGUCCGAGGUGCAGGUGAAAAUCUGGUUUCAAAACCGGCGGGCCAAGUGGAAGCGGGUGAAGGCCGGGCUGACCGGCGGUGGCCCGAGCAACCCGGCCGGGCGCCACAACGGAAGCAGCACCGGCGGCGGUGGUGGCAGCGGUGGACAGCAGUCGUCGGGGGGUAGUGGUGGCUCGAGGAUAGUAGUGCCGAUUCCCGUGCACGUGAGCCGAUUGGCGGUGCGCUCGCACCACCACCACCUCGAGAAGUGCCCGCAGCCGGCCAUCAACGGCGGGCCCGCGCUCAACCUGACGGCCCGGGUGCCGAGCGCUCCCACCGGCGCCUCCCUCACGUUGGGCUCACCGGGUGGGCUGAGGGCCUUCAGCGUGCCCCGACCGUCCAGCACCAGCUCGGCCAGGUAG